GGCGGGCGGCGCGGCGGAACCGGCGAUGCUGCUCUUCUGCCCGGCCUGCGGGAACGUGCUGGUGGCCGAGGAGGGGCCGCGCUGCCACCGCUUCGCCUGCACCACCUGUCCCUACGUGCGCAACGUCACGCGGAAGGUGACGAGCAGGAAGUACCCGCGGCUGAAGGAGGUGGACGAUGUGCUGGGCGGCGCCGCGGCCUGGGAGAACGUGGACUCCACGGCAGGUAGGGCCGGGCCGAGGGGCCGCGCGGGGCUCGCUGGGCCCUGCCGGCCCCUCACGGUCCCUCACGGCCUUUCCCCGCCUAAACAUGCCCCAAGUGCGAGCACCCCCGCGCCUACUUCAUGCAGAUCCAGACGCGCUCGGCCGACGAGCCCAUGACCACCUUCUACAAGUGCUGCAACCCGCAGUGCGGGCACCGCUGGCGGGACUGAGGGCCGCGGGGAUCGGAAUUACUGCUGCUCCUGCAAUAAACGCGGCACUGCGGGCA